CUCAUUGGCUGGACACGCAGCUCCUGGAGAGGCCGGUGCAGGAAGUGACCCGAGCAGGGGCUAAUGGUAGCCACCAGGAGAGAGCCCAGAAAGUCUCUUCAGGGUCAUGCAUUCCAGCAGUGACCAUCGCCUGACCUUGAAAUCUCCCCAGAGCGCAGAGAUGCCCAAGGAUACAAAGCAGAUGACUGAAAAAAUCUUGAAGCUGACUUUGGAGAUAAUCUGCGUGCUGACUGGAGAGGACUAUAUCGUUGUAAAGAAGCCAGAUGACAAAGUCAAAGAAAGUAGGAGCCCGCAACAUGUUACAGAGAAUGUCUGUAAAACCCAGAAAUCAGUCUUGGACCCUACAGUAAAAUCGUCUCCGUAUAAGGAUACCAAAAAUAGAGUGCUAGAACCCGCUAGCCAAAUGCUUGAUGCACUGACCGAAGAGGUUCCUGUAAGGUGUGAGGAUGUUGCUGUCAUUUUCUCCAUGGAGGAGUGGGAGUAUUUAGAAGGUCACAAGGAUCUUUACAAAGACGUGGUGGGGAAGAAAAAUCAGCCUCUCAGUUCAGGGGGCUCUGAUCGUGUGAACCUUAAAAUGAUAGAGGAGACAGAGGAGGACUUGGCGAUCACUGCGGGAGGUGAUCGUGAUAUUCUUCCAACAAAAUCUUCUGGUGAUACCUGCCCAGGCUCUAAUCAUGUGAGCCAGGAGAUCAUGAAGAAGAGCAUGGAUUUCGAUUUGGAUGUGAAAAUCUCUGAUGGUCCUCAAGUAGAGAGAGCUACAGAUGAUCCGUGCACAGAUUGUGAUACUGUGAAUCCUGAAAUUAUGGCAAGAAAGGAGAUUACAUGUCCGCAAAGGAAACAAGAUAAUCUCGAUCAUCAGAAGAAAUCAAACCGCCAUGACAAGUGUGCAGCAGGUGGAUCCAGUGAUGUCACUAGUAUGGAAGCCAGUCAGAUCACUCCUUUUUCGCUGCAAUAUAUAGACGACGGUAACAGGAGCGCAAAAGAUUACCAGUCGCUGCGAGAUAAGAUAUUUCAGCCAUCCUGUAAAGAGGAGGAAACGCCUAUAGAGAUCAGCUCAGAUGGUUCAUAUACAAAUAAAACAGAAGCCGAUCAUCGUUUGGUACAGGAUUGUUUAACGAAAAAUGACCCUAUUCUACAGGAAUCUCCGAUGGAGCAGGACGAUGGUAUAUUUCAUUUACAGUGUAAGGAGGAGAAUAUUUCUAUAGAGAUCAGCCCAGGUGUAUCUAUGAGCUUGGACUCCCUAUCUCAAGGACACAAUUUUCCUCCUGAAUGUCUGAUGAAUGAUACCAGCCUUGGCAAAAAACAUCCCAAAAUUAAACGCAAUUGUCAAAAUGUAUCAAAACAGGGUAGAAGUAAUUUGGAAGACUCUGCUUUACGUCAUAGAUGGGUCAGCAAAGCCCCACAAGGAGAACUUUCUGCGUUAACAUAUUCUUCUAAUCCCAUUAUCAAGUUCACAAUAGGAGCCACUAAGGAUCCCCAAGGAAAUGUUCAAAAACACCUGGACUAUGAAUGUGUUGAGUGCGGGGCCAUAUUUGCUAAUGAAUUCCUGCUUGGGUGUCACCAAAGAUCCCAUUGUACAGACUAUCAAGGUUGUUUAACAGGUAGUUCAGAUUUCAUGGAGCUUCAGGAUAGUUCUCGUAAACCUUCAGAUCAAUAUGAGGAUGUCUGCACAGGAAUGAACCAAUAUGCAUGUCCUGAUUGUGGGAAAUGUUUCAAUGAGAGUUCCUAUCUUCUUGAACAUCAAAGGGUUCACAUGGGGGAAAGGCCAUUUGCUUGCCUUGAAUGUGGGAAGUGUUUUCGGAAAAAGCGAAGUCUCAUUAUCCACCAGAGAAUCCACACAGGCGAGAGACCAUUUUCAUGUCCUGAAUGUCAAAAAACUUUUACACAGGUUUCAACGCUUCUUUCACAUCGGAGAAUUCACACUGGAGAGAAACCAUUUUCUUGCUCAGAUUGCGGCAAAUGUUUUAAAGACAAGUCAUCGCUUGUUAGGCAUCACCGAAUUCAUACAGGGGAAAAACCCUUUACCUGCUCUGAAUGUGGAAGAAGUUUCAACCAGAUCACCCAUCUUGUAACCCAUCAGACCAUAUACAAAGGUGAAUGUGGAAAACACUUAUUAUUUAGGUCAAAACAUGUAUCGACUCCAAAAAUCCAUAGAGCAAAGAGUCAGUAUGUUUGUUCAGACUGUGGCAAGUGUUUCAGCCACAACUCCUAUCUUAUUGUCCAUCAGCGAAUUCAUACAGGAGAAAAACCAUUUUUGUGCUCAGAUUGUGGUAAAUCUUUCAGGAAAAACAGAAGUCUUGUGAUCCAUCGAAGAACGCACACUGGAGAGAAACCAUUCACCUGUUCGGACUGUGGAAAGUGCUUCACACAAGUGUCAAGCCUACUCUCUCAUCGCAGAAUUCACACUGGCGAGAAACCCUUUUCAUGUUCUGAUUGUGGAAAAUCUUUUAAAGACAAAUCAUCUGUUGUCCGACAUUACAGGAUUCAUACAGGAGAGAAACCAUUCACAUGCUCUGAAUGUGGCAAAAGUUUUUCUCAAGUGGCACAUCUUGUCACACAUCAGAAAAUUCAUGCAAGAGAGAAAUCAUGAGGUUAUUUUUAGUUAUUUUUUAUUAUUUUGAUUGCAUAAUGGUUUUGUUAGGAAUCAAUUCAUGAAGACAGAGGACCGGACGUAAUUAUACAAUUUUUGAUAAACCUCUGGGUGGUGUCAUUGAUGGUUACUAGUCCCCUACUAGGAGGUUUUUGUCAGCAUUUGAUAGCAUAAUUUUGGCAAAUUAGUCCAUAGAAAUUUAAAACUAUAAAACUUCUAUAGCCAUCCUGCUGAGCUAACUAGAAACAUAAAGCCAUGUUUAACCCCUUAAGGACCAAACUUCUGGAAUAAAAUUACACAGUGUCGAUGUUUUGGCCUCUGGGGCUUUUAUAAAGAUAACAGCCUCAGAGGCUGAAACAUCGACAUUACGUUAUAAUUGUUUAAUCUAUUUUUCACGCAAGUCCUCUCUUGCUCAUGCUCUCCCUUUCUGCAGACAAAAUAAUUGGCAAGUCUU